CUCUAUUUAUUGGUAGAAUGACCAUUUGUUUAAUGAAUAUAUAUAAACAAAAUUAACAACCAUUUAUGAUUUUAUUUAUAAUAUAUUACAAAUCAAGUGUACUAUACCAUUAUAUUUAGUAGGCAAGGAUGAAUAAUGAUGAAAACAUUUUUAAUAGGUUAAAUUAAGUUAAGAAUAUGAUGGAUUGGAUUUAUCAAUGGAUUAUAUAUUUCAUAAUUUACAAUAUUGUCGUUCCAUGUAGAACUAAUGAAAUUUACAAUAUGACAUCUAAUCAACCAUUAACUUGUAAUACAUUACUUACAAGUAAUGUAUUACAAUAUCAUAUGGAACAAUUAUUAACUCAUUAUGGUAAAGAUAGUGUAUAUAAAAUUGGUAAUCCAAUCAAAUUUGGUACUGCUAAAUUUUUCAAUAUAAGAAUUAAUGGUUUAUCUGCUGUAAAAUUCGCAGGACCAGUUGAUAUUAUUGAUCUACCAUCAGGAAAUAUACGAUUGAUAUUUACACUAUUAUUUGACUAUCUUGUAAUAAAUGGAAAAAUGAACAUGACCAUGUUCGCUACUAAACCUCGGACCGUAGAAAUUAAAAUUAACUUAAUCAAAAUAUUAUUGGAUUUACUUCUUAUACAACCAGUGGAUAAUGAUACAUCAUUACCUAUUCAUGUGAACAAAGUUACUGUUAUCCAUUGGAAUAAUUUACGAUUUGAUAGUAAAGGAGUAUUUACAAUAUUUUUUAAAAUGUUUAAUCAAUUUCGUUUAUAUGAUGGUAUCAUUAAACGUUCAAUUGAAAAAGAAAUUUAUCAACAAAUUGAAAAAUCAUUAAAAUCAUUUUUUGAGGAAUAAAAAAAAUAUUAUUUUUUAAUGAUUGAAAAUUG